GGAAGUUGUUAGUCUAACCUGACAGGAAAGAAUUCAGUAAAGUUGGCAGCGAGCGACACUUUCUGCUUGAACUCUUAACAGACUUCUUCUUGUGUCCUCCUGCGCCAUGGUCUACACCUGGACCCCCUUUGACAAGUGCAUGGAAGAUGUCAGGAAAGCGAGACUGGACUCCAUGGAUGAAGAAGAGAAGUGCUCCAGUGGUGUGUGCACUAGGUGCAGUACUGCUGUGCUGCUUGCAGAGCGGCGCCUCCAUCUCUGACCAAGUCCCAAAGUUCACAGAGGAGCCCGAAUCGGUGGUGCAGAAGCUGGGAGGCAGCGUGCGUCUGCGGUGUGGCGCCCGGCCCGCCUCCGCCAACAUCAGCUGGCGCCUCAACGGCCAGCAGCUGAUGGGCGGAGAUCUGGGCGUGGUGCUGCAGCCCGGCAGCUUGUUCAUCGCCGCCCUCGCCAACGCCACUCUGGGUCGCUACCAGUGUGUGGUCAGCACCCUCGCCGGGGCCCUAGCCAGCGUGCCCGCCCACGUCACCGCGGCCGAGCUGCGUGACUUUGAGCGUGAGGAGCGAGAGGAUGAGGAGGACAUCGAGGUGGACGAAGGCAACACGGCCCUCAUCACGUGUCACCUGCCUGAGAGCCAACCCAAGGCUCAGGUGCGCUACAGCGUCAAGCAGGAGUGGUUGGACACUUCCAAAGGGAACUACCUGAUCAUGCCGUCAGGGAACCUGCAGAUCGCCAACGCCACACAGGACGACGAGGGGCCGUACAAAUGUGCCGCCUACAACCCCGUCACCCAGGAGGUGAAGACCUCCACCUCCACCGAGCGCCUGCGCAUUCGACGCUCCACCUCGGAGGCGGCCCGCAUCAUCUACCCGCUGGCCUCGCGCUCCAUCAUGGUGACCAAGGGCCAGCGCUUGGUGCUGGAGUGCGUGGCCAGCGGCAUCCCGCCGCCGCAAGUCAGCUGGGCCAAGGACGGCCUGGACCUGCGUUUCCAUAACAACACCCGCUUCCUGCUUAGCAACCUGCUCAUUGAUGCCGUGGCUGAGGGCGACUCGGGGACGUACGCCUGCCGCGCCACCAACGCCAUCGCUUCCUCAGCCUCGCCCGCCACCGUGCUUUACGACGUGCAGGUGUUUGAGCCGCCUCAGGUGUGGGUGGAGCUUCAGCAGCAGGAAGUGACACCUGGCGACACGCUGCGCUUCACCUGCCAAGCUCGCGGCAAGCCGGCGCCCUCGGUGACCUGGCUGCACAACGCCCAGCCUCUCUCGCCCUCACCUCGCCACCGCCUCACCUCCCGCACGCUGCGGGUGUCCAGCGUGGGGCCCCAGGACCGGGGCCUCUACCAGUGCAUGGUGCACAACGGCCUGGGCAGCGCUCAGGCAGCCGCUCGCCUGCUCGUGUCCGGCGGUGAGUGGGAGGGGGAGGGGAGGGGAGGGGGAGAGAGACCAUUGAUGUCAUUGACCCUUGGCCUCGCAGGCAAGCUGUAUCGGCCCCUCGGUCCGGACAAGGUGCUGAGAGAGCAGACGCCCGGAGCCACGGGGGCCAUCUUGCCUCCGGACUGCUCCUCGCUGCCGGCUCCCGUCCUGCCCGCCGAGGCGCCCGUCAUCCUCAGCCAGCCUCGCACGGGGAAGACCGACCACUACGAGCUCACCUGGAGGCCCCGACACGAGCGAGGGGCCCCCGUGCUGGAGUACAUGGUCAAGUACAGAAAGGUUGGUGAGGCGCUAGCAGAGUGGACGUGGUGCAGCAUCUCCGGUGGUGUACACAAGGUGACGCUGGCCAAGCUGCAGCCUGACAGUCUGUACGAGGUGGAGAUGGCGGCCAAGAACUGUGGAGGUGUGGGUCAACCCGCCAUGAUGACCUUCAGGACCGGCAGAGGACGCAGAGGACUAGGAGGACACGCCCACCUGCCCAAAACCCCUGCUGUGCCCUCGCCCAGCCUCUCACCACCCGAGGCGCCGGACAAGCCCACGGUCUCCACGGCGACAGAGACCUCGGCCUACGUGACCUGGAUCCCCCGUGGCAACCGUGGCUUCCCCAUCCAGUCCUUCCGUGUGGAGUCCAAGAAGGUGCGGCAGGCGGGCGAGGACUGGAAGACGGCGGUGGACAACAUUCCACCUUCACGCCUCUCUGUGGAGAUCACCCACCUGGAGAAAGGAACCUCCUACAAGUUCCGAGUGCUGGCCGUCAACGUGAUCGGAUCCAGCCCGCCUAGUGCUGCCUCCAAGGCCUACACCGUGGUGGGCGACAGGACCCACCAGCGCCCCGUGGACGGCCCCUACAUCACCUACAACGAAGCCAUCAACGAUACCGCCGUCAUCCUCAAGUGGACGUACACUGCGGUCAACAACACGCCCAUAUAUGGCUUCUACAUCUACUACCGGCCCAGCGACAGCGACAACGACAGCGACUACAAGAAGGACGUGGUGGAGGGCGACCGCUACUGGCACUGCAUCAGUGAGCUGCAGCCCGAGACGGCGUACGACAUCAAGAUGCAAAGCUUCAACGAGAAGGGCGAGAGCGACUUCGGCAACGUGGUCAUCCUGGAGACCAAAGCGCGACCGCAUCACCAACGCCCCGCCCCCUCGGAAGGCCCCGACCCAGAGGCGGGUCGCUCCGGCGGGUCAGUGCCUCGGCCGGGCGACCUGCCAUACCUCAUCGUGGGCGUGGUGCUGGGCGCCUUCGUCUUCAUGGUGGUGGCCUUCAUCCCCUUCUGCCUGUGGAGAUCCUGGGCCAAGCAGAAGCAAACGUCGGCCUUGUGCUUCCCCGCCCCCACGUCCUCCUGCCACUACACGGUGGUUCCUCUGCAGGGUGUGGCCCUGAUGGGACACGCUCCCGUGGACGCCCACCUGACCCUGGUGGGACACGCUCCCGUGGACGCCCACCUGACCCUGGUGGGACACGCUCCCGUGGACGCCCACCUGACCCUGGUGGGACACGCUCCCGUGGACGCCCACCUGACCCUGCCGCAAAACCAGGAACACGCACAUCCCGGCAAAGUCCAGCACCGGCAGGAGGACCUGGAAGCUUCUAUGGAGUGUGACACCUUGUUACCACGGCGACUGUCCAACGGGCACGCUCCUCUGUGCCACUACGCCAACGACGACGCUGAGCCUCCUGAUUGGUUCAUGCUGGAUUCGUGUCCUCAGUGGGCGGAGCCUCAGCAGUGGCCAGAAGUCACGUCUUCUCCCAGCGCUUCUCUACAAGAUGAAGCAACGCUCAGCAGCGCCACAUGAGAGAGCAACACAUGAAUAUUUAUUUUUCUAUGGCAGAUAUUUAUCUAUUUAUACUUUUGUACAUAUCAUCCUGUAUAUAAGAUGGCAUCUUUUUCUACAGCAUCAUAAACUUGGUCUGGAAAUAACAACAUGCUUCUUUCAAUCAUUUGCUGCGCACGUCCUCUUGUUUGCCACACAAAUGAAGGACAUCCUAAAUAGCACUUUUGCAAAAUCCUAAAUAGCGGCUGGAGCACUCUUGCAUGUAAAUGAAAUCCUAAAUAGCGGCUGGAGCACUCUUGCAUGUAAAUAAAAUCUUAAAUAGCGGCGGGAGCACUCUUGCAUGUAAAUGAAAUCCUAAAUAGUGACUGGAGCACUCUUGCAUGUAAAUAAAAUCCUAAAUAGCG